GGUGAUGGGUGCCAAUCGGAGCUGCUCGGUGUCGGCCGUGCUAGCAGAAGGAUUUCAAUAUUGACGCGCAUUUGACGCUCUCGCGGCCGUCGUCAAAGUGCGCGAGAGCGGUGUUAUUCGCGAGUGCAGAAGAAUCGCCUCGAUUCAGUGGCAAGCGGGACGCAGCUUAUCGACGAUUACUGACCGACGAGGGACGGCGAUGUCGGACGCGAUGGUGGACGAACGAGUGACUGAUGAGAUUGAGGCAUUAAAAGCAAUCCUAUUGGACAAUGAGCUCAAUAUCAAGGAGAAUGACAGAGGAGAACCAGAGUACAUCGAGACGAUACUGUUUCCUUCAACGGGUGAAGACUCCCAAUCACAGUAUGUCUGUGUGACACUGGUGGUGCGAUUACUUUCGGGUUACCCAGAUGUCUCGCCAGCUAUCAAUCUUCGAAACCCAAGAGGUUUAGAUGAGAACACGGUGAGGUUAAUGCAGUCUGAUGCAGAAGCCAAAUGCAAAGACUUUAUAGGCCAACCAGUUAUGUUUGAAUUGAUCGAGUUAGUACGAGAACACUUGACGAGGAGCAAUCUUCCUACUGAUCAGUGUGCCGUUUGCUUGUACGGCUUCCGGGAAGGGGACGAAUUCACGAAGACGGAAUGCUAUCACUACUUUCACUCCCACUGUUUGGCGGCGCAUGUCGCCGCUGCCGAGAAAUACUAUAGGGAAGAGCAAGAGAAACUACCGCAGUGGCAACAGGAUACUACGAAUAAGUUUCAGGCUAUAUGUCCCGUUUGCCGGGAGUCGAUCAAUUGCGACGUCGAGAGCUUGUGGUCGGCACCACCGCCGAUCGACGUCGAAGCCGCCACGGACUUCUCCGUCACCGCCGAGCUGAGGGAACUGCAGAAACAAAUGGCGGCUCUGUAUCUGCGCCAGCAACAGCGGGGCGGUAUAAUCGAUUUGGAGGCCGAGGGCGUGAAGAUGUUGGUGAGAACGGAGGACGAUCCUGCCGCUGCUACGCUGGAAGUGAACAGCCCGCCUGGUACGAGCCUGAACGCAUAUUCUAACACCGCCGUGCAGCCGGUCACUCAAGUGCACUCCAAGCAGAGCUCGCAUCAGGCGCAGAACCAUCACACCCAAUACCAAUCCCGCCAGGUUCAUCACAAUAAUCACGGGCACAACAACCACGGCAACCGGCACCGCGGUCGCGGUCGUGCCCACUACCGGCGUCACUUUGAUAGAGUCAGACAGGCGGAAUCUACUCCCAGAUGACAAUGGGCUCGAGACAAGCUCGCCGCCGCCGUCGUCUGGUCGUCCCUCGCUCCUUCGCUAAGUGUAUACAAUAUUCUGAUUAGCAUCAGUAGCGUAAUCUUCGGUGUAAUAUACGGUGACUGUCUAUCCUUGAGUAGUCUCACCGCGAUAAAUUUAUAGGUGUCGUUGUUCGGCAGCGUCCCCGUCGUCGUCGCGACUAUGGCGUACGUGACGACGGGACGCGUGGCGAUCUCCCGUCUGGACUGUCUACGUAGACCGAAGCCGUGGUGCUCUUUCGAACGAUCCGCAAUACGUACAAAGUAGUUGAUAUCGUUUCGCCUUAGUUCCUUUUUCUCAUUCUUUACCCUUCCACUCACGGACGAUCUCGUGACGUUUAGAUUCUCGUUCGCAUUUGAUUCGCCUCGUUUCUCCCGUGACUGCGGAAUCUAUAUGUUGAUUUGUCUGAAGCGAGAUGAAAGUACUCUUGGGCUUGAUUGCUAAUGCACUAAAAUAGAUGUUUGAUUUCGACCUUGGCGAGUCCAGGCCCAGAGAGUGUGAUGUUUUAUAAUUUAUCCGGUUAUUAUCUGAUACUACUGCCAAGCUGAGGGAGGGCUGUUGUCAGCUUAAAGUAAGAUUAAUCGAUUAAAGAGUUGGUUACAUAGCUUUGAACAAUAGAAUUCACGGCAGGAUUCUUCAGCUUGCCAUCGAGGAAACUACUCGAAAUGAGUCGCGAUUUCUCAGUCGAUCGGAAAGAGAGAGAGAGAGAGAGAGAGAGAGAGAGAGAGAGAGACGAGGGGAUUCGAAUGUCGCAUCAAUUUUGUAUUCACUGCCGAGAAUCCACACUCCAAUUAAUCUGCGAUGAUUAUCUUUUUUUGAUCUUGCCGUGCUCUUGCGCGCGAUGCGUCGAUGAUGCGUGCGGACGGGCGCUUAAAUUCACGACUCUUCAAGCGCACGCAAUCAGACGGCAAUAUUGAAAAAAGCAUAAUGGUGCGAAUACUUCGCGACUUACCCAGACUCGUGUGACAGUGAGCUUUACGAGAAAAACUGUGCAAUCAAAAGCCCCAUCGAAAUGAAGACAUUUUAUACGUUCGUAUAAAAUUAACGUUAAUCAAAAUUAACAGACACCAUUUAUUACGUUUAGCGUACAAUGUUGCGUGACGCGCCUCUGAUUAUUGUAGUCGGCACAGCGCCGGCGAGUUCAGAUUUUCGUGCUGUACGAAUAAUAGAUACUGUAUGCAAUUGUAGAAGCGCGUCGCAUCUGUAUAUGACGCGCGUUUUUUCGCAUCUAUAGCGUCGCGGAAGAUCGAACUCGUCGGGCUUACGUCGGUUUCAAUUCCCGUUUAACAGUCGUACGAAUAAUCAGUAACGAAAGUAUAUGCGGAGUGUUCUAAAUGUCGUUUUCCCGAUAUUAUAUUUACCAGAAAGUGUGUUAUAUUCCCGACACGCGCGUCCCUUUUUUAUUUUAAUCGUCAAAUUUUAUUAAAGUCAAGAUUAAGAAAUUUCACGUUAAGGCACGUGAUGGCUCCUUCGCUGCAAAUGUUCUUAUUUGAUGACAUCAGAAGCGAGAAAUCGCAUGCCAAAAUAUAUUACGAUACACGUGAAGAUAAAAGAAUAUAUGCGAUAUGGCAAUCGUAAUGAAUUCAGCGCAUUUGUAAAGAUGUCCGGACGCCUUCCUUUAACCUGAACAAUCAAUAAAUAACGGUCAAAUAAAAGAAACAGAAAUCAUGGGAAAAAAUAGGCUAAAAACGUAAGUUAUAUGAUGUUACACUAAUUUCUGGCUGUUUAUUGAUUGUUGAGGGAAGCGUUCGGAUAUUUGUGUUACAAGUGUGCCGAAUCGAUCACGAGUGUCAUUUUGUGCGUAUAUUCGUUCAUUUCUACGUAUGCCGUAAUGUAUUUUGGCAUACGAUUUCUCGCUUCUGACGCUUCUUGAUUAAAAAAGGACCAGCCACAGCGAGGGCCCAGGAGCUUUAACGUUUAAUUCUUCACGGAGAAAACGUUAAACGUCUCGUUAGUAGCUAGAGUUGUUUCGCAUUACCGUUAUAGGAAAUUAUUUAACGGCAGGCUUGAUCUUUUCCUCAGCUGAUCCGAGUUUCGACAAACUAAUAUUUCGUGAGCAGAUUUUUAGCGGAAAAGCAUAAAAUAUGCGUUCGUCGUCAUCAUCAAUCAUUUUUUUCAGGAAAACUCUCCGCACUUCUUGCAAAGAUAGCGGAAAACAUUCGCGCCAACCUUAGAAGCGACUUAGAACACACUGUAUAUGCGAAAUGUGCCAUUUGACGUUCGUUUACAAUGAAAGUACUGAUGGCAUAUCUGGAAAUUCCCUGAAAACGUUUUGCAGAUUUAUACGUUUUAGAGUAACGUAAAUUCGUUUUAGGGAAGACCCGUCGUUACGUCGCUCACGGUUUAAGCUUACAGGUCGAAGUGCCCGCGACCGAUAGCGUAGAGAAUUGUGAUAGAAUACAGAAGAAGAAGAAGAAGAAGCGAAGCAUAUCCAUCGCGUUAGAUUUGAUGGGAGCGGAGCAAAUUUCGUAGACAGUUAAGAGAACGAAUAUUUUGUUACUUUAAGUUAUUUCUCUUUGCGUCAAGUUCCUCGCACCGUAUCGCUGUAGUUCGAUUUACAUUUCGCGUAAAACUCGACUAUAAUUUUAAGGGGACGAAGGCAUCGUCUAUUGUAGAUACUCCCUCAACAUACAUGUAUAUUAUAUCGGAAAAAAAAUUGUUAGCAACCUUAAACUCUUCCACAUGAAUGUGAUACUUACAAAAGGGUAAUAGGCUAAAGUAAGGAAAUUUUAGACGCAUUUCGGUUGACUUCGGAUCGCCCGAUAAUAAUUUUUCUAUUCUCUCAUACAAAUUGAUCGCUCAGAGUCCGCUUGAAAUCUCUCAAUUCGGCCAGCCUGUUUUAUUCACCAGUUAGAUCUUCGACUACAUUUCCUAUCGAAUGUCUUUGCCGAAAGCAGAAUACGAUGCGAAAUUCAUCGAAGAAUCUCGCGGCGGAAAUAUCUAGGAUAUUCUGUAAUAUCAGCAUCAGAUAUACCUGGACUAGACACAACAUUCGAAUAAUUAAAGCAGUACGCAAUAUCGAGAGUGCUUUUGCAACGAUUAAAAUUAAAAAAAAA